AAUUCAUUUGAAGUUCCUUUGACUUUCAGAAAAAAGUUAAAGACAAUUGUUUGAUAAGGUGUUGAUGUUUUCUUUUCAGCUACUAUAAGAAUGAAGAGCAAGAGUCCACACAUUCCAUCACAGAUUCCGAACUGCCAAGGAGGGAAAAGGAGAAUGAACAACACAAUGGUGGAAGAGAAGGCAGAUGUGAUCAAUGGAAAAGAAGUUAUACCCCUUCUCACCCCAUUCAAGAUGGGAAAAUUCAAUCUUUCUCACAGGAUUGUUCUGGCACCAUUAACAAGAACAAGAUCUUACAACUUCGUGGCUCAGCCUCAUGCUGCUCUCUAUUAUUCUCAAAGAACAACAAAAGGUGGACUUUUGAUUGGAGAAGCCUCAGGGGUGUCAGAAACUGCACAAGGGUACCCAAAUACACCAGGCAUUUGGACAAGAGAACAAGUGGAAGCAUGGAAACCAAUUGUGAGAGCUGUUCACGAGAAAGGGGGUAUAUUCUUUUGCCAACUUUGGCAUGCUGGAAGAGUCUCCAACUAUGCGUAUCAGCCAAAUGGACAACCUCCAAUUUCAAGCACAAACAAGGCAAUUGAAGGUAGCAACACCAAAUAUCCCUCUCCACAUCGUCUCAGAACAGAUGAAAUACCUAUGAUUGUCAAUGACUUCAGAAUGGCAGCCAAAAAUGCUAUAGAAGCUGGCUUUGAUGGUGUGGAGAUACAUGGAGCCAAUGGAUACUUACUCGACCAGUUCCUAAAAGACCAUGUGAACGACAGAGACGAUGAAUUUGGAGGUAGUUUAGAAAAUCGUUGUCGAUUUCCACUGAUGGUCGUGGAGGCAAUAAUUAACGAGGUUGGAUCAGACAGAGUUGGUGUUAGACUCUCUCCUUUUGCUAACUACUGUGAUUGCAAAGACUCUGAUCCUCAAGCACUUGGCAUUUACAUGGCUCAAUCCUUAAGAAAAUUGGACAUUCUUUACUGUCAUGUCAUUGAACCCAGGAUGGUUACAAUGUUUGAGAAGUGUGAGACCAAUGUGUCAUUGUCCGAUAUUAGAAAGGCUUUUGGUGGAACCUUUAUUGUGGCUGGCGGUUACAAUAGGAGUGGUGGAAACAAAGUGGUUUCCGACGGUGGUGCCGAUUUGGUGGCUUAUGGACGCUUGUUUUUGGCUAAUCCAGAUCUGCCGAAGAGAUUUGAGCUUGAUGCUGAAUUGAACAAGCCUGAUAGAAGCACUUUUUACACCAGUGAUCCUGUUGUUGGAUAUACAGAUUAUCCUUUUCUUCAACAUGAUCACUGA